ACUUCUGCGCUAUGAUUGGUCAGGUUUACAGGGCCUCUGGAAGUCAAGUGGCGGGUUGCUUGCUAGCAAUAGUUCUGAUACCAGCACGAAUAACCUGCUGAAAUCACUUUUGUGUGGCUCGUGAGUGACAGAAGUAAAAAAAAAUAGACCGUUUUAAUUUCUGACGGUUCACCGAACUUAAUUCAGCUAUAUCACUCGAAAGGUCGGUGUGAUUUGAAAAUUUGUUCUGUUAAAUAACGUCCCAGUUUUAACUUCCGAUACAGUUUUACAUAUUUGUCGUUAAGUGUACUUAACGUCGCUCAGGUGGAAAGUGCAUCGAACGAACGGCUGUGUAACGGCUAAUGGAACGUGAUCAUUCCAGUUACGAAGAAAUCCCUUGAGGAAAUGAUCCAUCACUUGGAUUUCUUCCCUGAUAGGUCAGACAUCUUCAACUUCCUGUUGAGUUCACGCCACUUCUUGCAGUCGUACGAGCUCAUGAUACCAGUUUGUCACCUGUGCUUGGAGCAGCAGCGCUCUGGAGAUCAUCUGCUAUCAGUACUCAUUGCGAGACAUACAGCAGAUGACCCACCGUUUUAUGAAACGCCAGUCAACACUCAUCCAAUAUGAAAAGGAAUUCACUGGAUUUUCCAGGCUGAAAAAGUCCUGGAAUAUAAAGACAGGAGAAGAUUGUCAUUCCUUUCUUCUGUCUUCCCAUGAAAGACAUCUUCGUCCUGGAUGAAAGCUGUGCUAGCAGGCUUCCAAAUGGACACAUUAACCUUGAGCGGCAGGUGAGAGCAAAGCAUCGCGUCCGAGGCAGAGGAGCGGAGCGCCGCCAUGGGAAAGCUACAAGAAUUUGACAUCACUUUUGCCAACAAUAAGGUGGUUUACAGUCCGGGAGAGUCCAUCAGUGGAACUGUGAAAAUCCGAAUCAGCAACUCCCUGCAGUACAAAGCCAUCAAGGUCAACUGUAAGGGCUCAUGUGGGAUUUCUCCCAAAGUGACGGAGGACUCAUGGACUCUAGAGGAACAGUACCUAAACAGCACACUGUCUAUUGCUAACAAAGGAACGCUGGCAGCUGGCGAACACAAUUUCCCCUUUCAGUUUCUUAUCCCAGCUGCUGCACCAACUUCUUUUGAAGGACCUUUUGGAAAGAUUGUUUACCGUGUGAGAGCGGCCAUUGACACGCCCCGCUUUGCAAAGGACUACAAGGCCCAGAGGCCCUUCUACCUUCUCAACCUGCUCAACCUCAAUGAGGUGCCAGACAUUGACCACUUGAACUAUGCUGUUGCCACAAAGAAGUUUAACUACCUUCUGGUAAAGUCGGGGACCCUGAUGCUUAAAGCCCGCACUGACCUUCGAGGCUACAUUCCUGGUCAGGUGAUCAGGUUAGCCACAGAGAUACACAACAAGUCCGGGAAAGACACAGCAUGUGUUUUGGCAAGUCUCAUACAGAAAGCAACCUAUAAGACAAAUCGGCCCGUGUUUGACCUCCGAACCAUCGCCGAAGUGGAGGGAGCAGGAGUGAAGGCAGGAAAACACGCCGAGUGGCGAGAGCAGAUCAUUGUACCUCCUCUUCCUCAGUCCGGUUUAGCUGGCUGCAGCCUCAUAGAUAUUGACUAUUUCAUUCAGGUAUCACUCAAAUCUCCAGAGGCAGUAGUCACUCUGCCCAUCUACAUCGGGAACAUUGCCGUGAACCUGUCUCCAGAUGGGACUGUGCCUUCCAGUCCAGACCACUACGGUUUAGCGGCAGCACCCAAUACAGCAGGAGUGACACCCAGCGCCCCGCCGGUUGAGGACGAUGUAGAUCUAUGUGCAGGUGGUGCAGCCAGCGAUGAGAUCCCCACAAAGAGACAUUCUCAGCAAGAUCCCUCCGGUCAGACUGUUACCAUGUCUCCGAGCGCUUUCAGCCAUGCACCCGGUGCAGCUUUGCCUCCCAGCCAUAGACACCCAGGCGCUCCGGCCCCCUUGUUCUGUGUUUCGACAGGGACCACGAUACCGUUUUUCACAGAGGGAGACCCAACACCUAUGCCUACUUCUUGUUCUCUUAUUCUCCCGCCAGAGUACAGCAGCUGGGAUUACCCUCAUGAGCCUCCACCCACUUACGAAGAAAGCUGCAGCAGUACCAACUUCAGUUUUAACAGUAGACAAUAGGAGAAGAAGCAGGCAUUGAAGCACCGCCCGCUCUGGAAAAAAACAAGAUGGAAAUGCUGUGGGUGAUGACAGAACUGACUCCAAACCCCAAAGAUAAAUGUGUCUUCUAUAAGUAAAAGGGAUCGUGUCUUAUCGGGAAUAUAAUCAUCUUAUUUUGAACUCACAUCCCAUCAGGCAGCGAUGGACUGAGCAGCUUAGUAUCAUUGGAAAGAUUGCAUAUCAGAUUUGACUCCUAUUGCUUCAAGGAAACAUUUUUUUGUGAGUGCUCUGAUUGUUGCACAUAUUAGCCAAACAGCAGGUGGGCCACCACUACCUGGAGACUGUAUAGUUCUGUAUAGUUCUGUCUGCUCACAUGUGCAACAGAGUAACAAUGGGUGAUGGUUGUUGUUGGACAAACAUCACAGUUGCUUCUUGCGUCAGUGGAGCUAAUUCCUGCGCAGGUGAAUUGGAUUUGUUAUUUCUACUUCAAAAGGGGGCACCAUGUUCCCUGAAGUUCCUUGUGUUCGAGAGUUCUACCUGCAACUCGAGAACUCUGCCAACAGCAGUAGGGGAGGCCUGUUGGACUUGGUUGAUCCAGGUUUCUUCCACAGUGGAGGAGAUCCGCCCUCAUUACUAGUGGAUGAAGAUGGAAUUCCUAGAAAUCCAGAAGAUGCAAAACAUCUUUUUGGGGUGAAAAAAAACAGGUUACGUGACCCUUGGGAUAAUCUUCAGUGGUACUAGUGAAUACUCGCCAGGUUUGUAGCCGCAAUGAGACAUUUUAUCCUCAAUCUCAAAUACUGUCGAAAGUCAUCACCUCUAUUUGUGAGCUGUAUUCAUCUUCUAUGUUGCUUAUGCCUGCAUUGGGGAGGGGUAUGGAGUCUAUCCUACCUGACAUGGGUGAGAGGCGGGGUGCACCAUGGACUGGUCACCGUUUGGGAGAUUCAUAGUUCAUAGAAAUGUACUUUCCUGUGCAGAUUGACUGGACUUAGCCUUAAAUGUUCAAAGGAGUUUGGGUCUGCCCCUUGAGGUGUUUGGAGACCUCUUAAUACACUCAGAAUGAUGCCAUCCAUCCAUCCAAGCAUUUUCUGACUAGGGUCAAGAGUAUGCUGGAGCCUAUCCUAGCUAUCAAUUACAUUGCACACUCAGAAAACACUGGUAAGAUUGUAUUUUGAGGUCUUCAAAGGAAUAUGAGACACUCCGUGUGAAAAUGUGUUAUGUUGUUGUUUUUACCGUUGAAAAGUUUAAGAGGCGAAAAAGCUGCAAGAUAUCUUUUUGGUUUAAUGACAGCAUGCACAAAACAGCUGCACAGUCAAAGUAAAUGUAGUGUACAGAUGCACUCAACGCUCAUUGUAAAUUAGAUUAGUGUUUAUAAAUUUGCAGAAGUUGACAUUAACCAACAACCAUCCAAACAAAAUCGACUUAAAUAAUUCAACAUAGUGGUCAGUAUAUUUUUGGAUUGAAAAUAAAUUUAAUUUUCAAUGAGGGUUGAUUAUAUUUGAGUGCAGCUGUACUGUGAAACAUUUCAACUGAAAUCAGUCAAUAUAUAUUUUUAUAUUUUAAUUUUUGAAAACAUGUUUAUGUCAGAUUGUUUGUCUAUAUGUGCCCUGUGAUUGGCUGGCGACCAGUUCAGGGUGUACCUUGCUUCUUGCCCGAAGACAGCUGGGAUAGGCUCCAGCACCCCCCGCGACCCUUGUGAGGAUAAGUGGUAGAAAAUGAAUGUUUAUGUCAUAAAUAUGUUGAACUCGUCCUUCACAUGCAGUAUGUUGUUUUUAGGGAACUGAAGACCUGCUGAUCUGAAUGUAUCUUUUACUACUAAUUGUUUCCAUUGCAGUGCAAUCCUAUGUCUAUUUAGUGCUUUCUGACACAAAUCUUAACAAUGUAAUGUUGCCAUCAAUUUUUCCAGAGGUUUUACCAUAUAAAAUGGUAAAUACAGUAGUGUGAAAAAGUGUUAUUUGUUUGCAUGUUUGUCACUUAAGUGUUUCAGAUCAUCCAAAAAAAUGUACACAAAAUGCAGUUUUUAAAUUGAACUUUUUUUUUUAUUAAGGGAUAAAAAAAAAAAAUCCAAACCUGCAUGGCCCUGUGUGAAAAAGUGAACUCCCCCUGUUAAAACACAAUUUAACUGAGCUUGAGAUCUAUCAGUCUGGGAAAGGUUAUAAAGCCAUUUCCAAAGCUUUGGGACUCCAGCAAAACCACAGUGAGAGCCUUUAUACUCAAACAGUAUAUGACCAACCACUGUUCCAUUUAACAGCCAAUCAAAAUGACCUUAAGAGCACAGCGACAACCCAUCCAAGAGGUCACAAAAGACCCACAACAACAUCCAAAGAACUGCAGGCCUCACUUGCCUCAGUUAAGGUCAGUGUUCAUGACUCCACCAUAAGAAAGAAGGAAGGUGUCCCAUUACAUCUGGCGUAAAAGUAAUGCUGCAUUUAAAAGAACAGUAUACCAAUAGUAAAAUAUGGUGGUGGUAGUGUGAUGGUCUGGGGCUGUUUUGCUGCUUCAGGUUGAUAAAUGGAACCAUGAAUGGAAUGGAGAAUGUCCGGCCAUCUGUUUGUGACCUCAAGCUGAAACCAACGUGGGUUCUGCAGAAGGACAAUGAUCCAAAACAUACCAAGAAAAACACAAUGAAGACUUUGGUCCUCAUUUAGUCCUGACCUGAAUCCUAUUGAGAUGCUGUGGCACGACCAUAAAAAGGUCAUGCUUGAAAAUCCUCCAAUGUGGCUGAAUGACAACAAUUCUGCAAAAUAGAGCUUGAUUGUAUUUGUUGCUGCUAAGGGUGACACCACCAGUUAUUAGGUUUAGGGGGGAAUCACUUUUUCACACAGCGACAUGUAUGUAUUGUUUUCUCUCUUUAAUAAUAAGUUUCUUUUAAAAACUGCAUUUUGUGUUCAGUUAUCAUUGACUAAUAUUUAAAUUAGUUUGAUGAUCUGAAACAUUUAAGUGUAAUAAACAUGAAACUACACCACUGUAGUUCAAUGGCUUUAAACUGGCCCCCGUCAUCCACUGUUGGAGCAUGUGAUGGAGGUCAGAAUGUGCUCCUGUUGCGUCAUGAGAAAUGUUCAAGUGCACUUCAUAUGUACAGUUCAAAUGCAGCUUUACAAAUAUAAAAAAAAAAGUCAAAACACUGGACUCUUAAGCCCGUUGGAAAUAUGCUCUGGGAAAUAUGUGCAUAUGAUACAGAUAGUUUUAGUUUUCUUUACCAAAGGGUACAACAGCUUUAUGAUUCUCCUCACGUUCUGAGCAUUUUAUAUAUUUAUCCUUUUUUUUCUUCCCUCACAAAUUGUGGUGUCUGUUAUUUUUUACUACUACUAGCACCUUAAGUAAUACUGUGUUGCAGUAUCAAAGUUGUACUGUGCAGUAGAACAAUAAAGACAUCUAAUUUGUGGACCGUGUCAACUUAAUGGUUAUUAAACUAAUUGUAAUGAAUCAUUGUAAAUAUUUCAGUUGAAAUAUAAACCAGUCUAAUCCAUUUAAUGUUUGGUGUGCACUUUAAUACAAACCAAUUGAGAAUAAUAUGAUUUGAUCAAAAAGGCAGCCGUAUGGUUGCGGUUUGGUUGGUUUCAUCAGCUCAUCCAGAUAAUUAGGUUUUCAUGUAAUGAAACACUUUCAUCAGUGCAGCAGUGUUGGCUUGGCCGCUGGUAUUUUACACGAAAGCAGCCUCAUGUUCAGCCAUUGAUCUGACGUCAUGUAUCUCCAUAAGAAAAAUAAAUGUCAUGAUCAUUUGUCUUUUUAUUGCCAGAGAAAAAUAUCUGCUUCUACUUACUUAUCUUUUCAGAAAUGUUGAAUUGUGCACGCCUAAACAUGAUGUACUUGAAUGUAACAUUGUUAGCAAAUUUGUAAUUUCACAUUUUUGAACAAACUAUAGCAUGCAAUGUCAUGAGGGUGAAUUUUGGAAUUACCCUCGUUAUAAGGUGGUUCAACAAUGUUUA